AUGCGCAACGAAAAGGGGAUCUUUUGGAGCCCCGGUGAAGGAGACAACCAUUCACAACUUUCAUGUAUCGGCGCCAUUAUAGGUUCUCACAAGCCAACGCCUUUCAAGCCACUUUUAUGGAGCCACAUAUCAGCCGACCCAACCUGUACGGUUGAAUUAUCUGCUUCUGCCACACAUUUCACCUUCUGUCAAUGCAAGCACUCCGGGAACCCACCUUUUUGCGAUGGCACGCAUAAAUCACUGCGGCCCAAAAUCGAGGCAGAACAGCGGGACUGUGCCAACUGUCAUUCUGAGAGCCCACGAAAGGGUUUUAUCCCCUUGCCUGAUAAAGCUCGUCUAUUCUGCCCGAGCUGCGGAGCCGUAACACCGGUACAAUGA